AUGGCCAAUAAUACAAUCACAUUAAAGGGUUUGGUAGCUUUCUUGAUGAUCUUCUCAGCGUUGUUGUGGAGUUCCCAGGCAGUACGUAUUCUCAAGGAGGAGGUGGAGCAAGCCAAUCAAAAGAAUAACAGACUUCUUCUGCAUGAGUUAUUAGGUUUUGAUGAUCUCUCUAAAUUCAAGCGCCAUCAGAAGUCAUUAUCGUCUACCCUUAGGUUGGGGGGUGAUAGAGUUUCGCCUGGAGGACCUGAUCCUCAGCAUCACUAA